GCGAGGCUUUCAGGUUGGUUUGUGUGCGAUGGCGGCUCCCUCAAUAAUAUCGGGAUUUUAAAGCGGAAAAACAAUGGCUUCACACCCCCGGAGAAGCGCGUUGUUGUCUUGACUAGCGACCGGAAUGAUAGCGGUGUCGGUUUGACUCUUGUAGGAUGGAUCCAGAAGGAGGGGCAGAUUCACAAAAAGCUGUCAGUUUGCAGUGGAAGAGCUACAAACUCGUCCAGGAUCCAACCAUUCGACGGGUCACUCAAAAAAUCUACAGAUAUGAUGGAGUCCAUUUCAGUGUACCCGACUCCGGGUUUCCUCCUGUGGGUGAACUGCGGGACCCUAGACCCCGGAGACUGUGGUCCAGGUACACCGAAAUGUCUUUGCCAGUGCCGAAGUUUAAGCUUGAUGAGUUCUAUGUGGGUCCCAUACCCCUCAAGGAGGUGACCUUUGCUAGGCUCAAUGAUAACAUCAAGGAGCCCUUCUUGGCAGAAAUGUGUGCUAAGUUUGGUGAGGUGGAGGAGAUGGAGAUCCUGUUUCACCCAAAGACCAGGAAGCACUUGGGCCUGGCCAGAGUGUUGUUCACCAGCACCAGAGGAGCUAAAGACACAGUGAAGCAUCUGCACAAUACUUCUGUCAUGGGCAACAUCAUUCAUGCUCAACUGGACAUUAAAGGUCAGCAAAGGCAGAAGUAUUAUGACCUGAUAGUAAAUGGGUCCUACACCCCUCAGACGGUGCCCCUGGGAGGGAAGGCUUUGACAGACAGGGUCCAGCCUCCGACCCCGACACAGCCACAACCACAGCCACAGCCUGAUACAUCAUCAGAAAUCAGGCGAAGGCUCUCAAGUGAGCUUGCAGUUUUGGCAGCAGGGGUCCAGGCUCUUACAUCAGGGAGUGUCACCCCCUGCUCUGCAGACACUGGUUUUGGUGAACAGCGUCUGGACACGCCCCCCUCUUCCAUGUCUGGCCCCUUCACCCCAGGCUCUUCUGCUUCAUCUCAGGGUGGCGGAACACCUCACAGCUCAAGAUCUGGGACUCCUUUCUCACAAGAUUUAAACUACACCGGGGGCAGGCAUACUGGCUACAACACUGGCACUUUGGGCAGCGGAUACCCUCCGCAGGACAUGCUUCCUUCCUCCUCCUCGUCUUCUGCAGUUUCAUCUACUGUGGGAGGAUACAAAGUGUCUCGCUACUCUGAAGAUGCACAGGAACCUGCAGUGUAUAAUCGAGGCCGCCCUAUGUAUCCGCCAACCCCAGCGUACCGUUCCAACGAGCCACCGUGCUACCCCACAUACCCCGGUGUUGGAGGGCCUGGGCCACACGUCGGACACCACUCCUCAAUGCCUCCACCACCCUUUGCCACCCAGUAUGAUCAGCCCCCGAUGUCGGACAGGGACCGCGACAGAGACUCAGGGGGCCGUUAUGUGGCCGGGGCGAUUGGCUCCAGAAGGUCAUCUUAUCAUCACCAGCAAGACACAAACUCUUCCUCAAAGUACCAUUCCCAUCACUCCCAUCAUCACUCAGAUCGCAGGGACGAGAGGGGGUAUCGGCGAGACAGCCAGGGCUCUCGAUCGGGUGAGCACAGCCACCAGAGACACCGCAACCACCACCAUUCACACAACCACCACGGCAGCAGCAGCAGCCGCAGGAGGAGCAGCCAUGACCGGGACAGGGACCGAGACAGAGAUCGAGACAGAGACCGGGACAGUGAUUUGUCGAACAGCUCUGACCCCAGAUACAACUCAAACUCUUACCGCUCUUCCUCGAACAGCAUGUCUCCUCCCCCCUCAUCAUACUCUUUGUACCCCUCUUCCAAAGAGCCUGCCACAGCCCCUCCUCAGGGAUUGGAUAUUCCCACUCGUCUAGGGGCCACAGGCCUCGCUGAUAGAAGCGCUCAGCCUUCAGUAGGUGCUGAAAAAGACUUCAACACUGGACACCACAGUGCUCUGCCGCCACCACCCCCACCGCCACCUCCACCACUCCCGCCAGCCUCUGUCAUUGCAGCAGCUGUAGCUGAGACACUUGGAACACUAGACUUCAACCAGGAUAGUCCAGCCCACGAAGAGCAGUGGACAAAGCCCAAACGCCGUCCCAGCACACCGCCCGCACCGCCGAAGACGCCUCCACCUCCCCCUUCCUCCCCUCCCCUCCCAUCCAUUGCGUCUUCCUCUACCUCCCCUUCCUCUUCUUCCCUCCCCCAACAGCUUCCCUCCUCCUCGAGCUCUCCACCACCCCCUCAACGUGACUCUUCCUCGCCUGAGCCAGAUUCCACCAACGAGAGUUUACCGUUUGUCUAUCACAGCAGCAGCCUUGACUCCCGCAUUGAAAUGCUCCUCAAGGAACAAAAGGCAAAAUUUUCUUUCCUUGCCUCUGAUGAAGAAGAUGAGGAAGAUAGGAAAGAGGAGAAGCAGAGGGGGGUUCGUGGGGAUGGAGGACAGCGAAAAGUUGGGGUCGGUGAUGCAGCAGGGGAGCGCACAAGUGGCAAUGAGGUGGGAGACAAUGGGGAGAAGGACCACAGGAGGAAAGGGGAAAGAGACCGAGACAGCCAUAAGGGAAGGAAACGUGGAAAGGGUGGAGAAGGUAGGAAGAGUCCCACUGUACAUACAGCCACAACACCCUCCUCUUCAACCUUCUCUGCCCACAUUUUGCCUCCAGAGGAGCCCCAGUCCCAGGUUGGCCUCACUGGGACUGGAGCUUUGCAAGAGGAAUCUUCACAGGUUGGAUUUGCUGAUACACUGAGCAGGACAGGAGCACACACACCACCUUACAACGGACGGAGUCAGUCCUCCCCUCGUUCCUCAGGUGAAGACAUGGAGAUCUCAGAUGAGGAGGAGGAGACCCCCAUAACAACGGUGGACACCCACCAGCCCACAGUCACCUCAGGUUCCUCGCCCACUUCAUCCCAGGCUGCCAUGCCAUCCCAAACAACGGACCCCUCAUCCUCACCCUCUGACUCAGCACAGCACUUUGGCACUUCCAUGCACCCUACUAUACCUUCCUAUCCUCCACAUUUGCCCCCUCCGCCUCCUCCUGGUUACUCCCUUCAGCCCCCACCUCCUCCAGGGAUCCCUCCCCUUUCGCACAUGGAACUGCACCCGGAGUACCCCCCUCCCAUUCCCCACCACAUGUACGACUACGCCACCUCCAUGGAGAUGAUGAAUCAGUACAGCGGCGGAGCUCCCAUGUCCUUCCAAAUGCAAACCCAUAUGCUAAGUCGGCUACACCAGCUGCGCAUGUCGUCAUCCAACGGCACCCCAGGUCCUGGUGAGGCAGCCACCGCAGACUACAACUCCUACCAUCUCCACUCUAUGCCCCCACCCCACACACACCAUCCUUACAUGGACCAAGAGGGUAGUGGGGCGGGCUCUCAUUAUGACCAGGACCACCGCUACAUGCCACCCCACAUGCCCUACCCCUACGUCGACCCACACAGCACUCAGAUACCACCACCUCCACAUCAUGGAAUACCUCCUCCCCAUGCUGGGUGGCCGCAACAUGUGAUACCACCACAAUACCCCUCUUACAUGCCCCCACCUGGCUAUGCAAUGCUGCCUGGGGAUGGAGGCGAGUAUAGGGCUCCUGGGGAGGAGAUGCCCAUGCUGGUUGAAAAUCCACAUGAAGCCACAGUCCAGAUGGUCCUGGCGACUCUGAUCCAGGAAAUGAAGAACAUCAUGCAGAGGGACCUGAACCGCAAGAUGGUGGAGAAUGUUGCCUUUGCAACUUUUGAUGAGUGGUGGGAAAGGAAAGAGACCAAGGCCAAGCCUUUCCAGACAAUGGUUAGGGGGGUGUCUGCCUUACGAGAAGAUGAGAAAAAAGAGGAGAAGGUCAACCGUCCUCGGGAGCCUCUCACGUCGUUGGUAGAUUGGGCAAAGAGUGGUGGCGUGGAAGGAUUUUCUCUCCGAGGAGCCCUACGACUGCCUUCCUUUAAGGUGAAAAGGAAAGAACCUCAGGAGCUUCAGGAGGGAGACAUGAAGAGGCCGCGUCCUUCAACCCCACCAGACGAGGAUGACGAAGCCACUGAAGGGAGAAUGCCAGAGGCAGACAGGCGUGGAGCUGAAAGGGACAACAAGAGGAGGAAGAAGAAGCCACGAAGUCGUAAACCUUGGGAGCUUGGCAGUGAGGGUGAAGAAACGUCUGAUGGGUCCUCAACAGAGAAGGAGGAUGAAGAAGAGAGUGAAAAGGAAUCUGAUGAUGAUGCCCUUAGUGCUGACAGUGAUGACGAGAGCCUCUCCUCAUCUUCUGAGGGCUCUUCGUCUUCUGCGUCCUCCUCGUCCUCAUCGACUGAAGAUGAGGAUGAAGGGGAACGAGGGAGGGCAGAGAUUGAAGAGCCGGACUCCAUGGACGAUUCAACCAUGGACAGCAUGACUGAGAAAGAGCACCACAGGGAAAAUAACACAGCUGCUGUUCCAAAGACUGAUAUCAAAGCAGAACCAGAUUUCUUGACAGGUGAAACCAAGGACAGCAAGGGAGAUACAACAGUUCCUACCAAGCGCCCUUCAUCGCCCCCAUACCCACGUCCUUCCUCUCCGAUUGUUCUGGUGCCACCUCUGAAGAAACGCAGGAAGACUGUCUCAUUCUCCACUGGCGAGAGCGACGGCAAAACCCAGCUGCCGACUGCACCGCUAUCUCCGGCUCCCUUGCAGGUGGCGGUUGAAUCUCCCAUUGUCUCUUCUAGCAGGCCGGCAGCAGACUCCCCCAUCACUGCUGCCACAACCCCUUCAGCUCGUGCCACUCAGGGCAUCCAACUUCUCCCCUUUGCCUCCAAACCCGGGGAAGGCAAUGCGCUCAUUGUGCCCCCACCUGGACGAAUCCAAGAUGCUGGCGAGUACAAAAGGGGACCACCUGUAUCUCCUCAGACCACCCCUGUCAAAUCCCCUGGAAAAAGAGGUGCAGGCAAAGAGUCCCCCAAAUCCCCUGCGCCUACUGUUCUGGUGUGGCGCACUGUGCAGAACCUGCCUGUGGAUCAUGCUUCAAUGUGCAGGCUGGCCUAUGAUGAGGCCCCCCUUCCAACUCCCGUCAACAAAAGGUCCAGAGGCAGGCCUCGGACGACCAGCAUCUCUGCUUCUUCGCUCAAAGAGGAAGACGAUGAGGAUGAUAAUGAGCAGAGGUUGAGACUCAGAGAGCAGCUUGGGGCAUCGAGCCUCCUACAGCUGGCCUCAGCUUCAACAACUGACCUGUCUGUGCUGGCUGACGUAGCCCUGAAAAUGGACCCUGAUGCCGGGGACUCCGAGGAGACAGAGACAUCUGAUGAGGCAGAGGAACAGAAGAUGGAGGAGGACCUCUUCUCAUCAGGGUCAGUGUCUCUGCUAAUGAGCCAAGAGGGUGUAGUUGUCUUUAUGGAGCACAACUACUGCAAACCCCCUCUUCUCACAGUACCAACUGUUACCAAAAGGACUUCCUCCAAACCAGACUCCUCCAUCUUGCUCCCAGCAGACCUCAACUCUAUUUCUGGGGUGCUUGAAGCGCCAGAGGAGGUCAUUGGAGAUGCACUACCACCCAGGGGAGAUACAGGAGAAUACUUGCCUGCAAUCGGGGUGCUCUGUGAGUCUGAGGAUGCAGGUCAGGCUGCAGCUCAGGCUGCAGCUCUUUCUCCCUCAUCAAAGAAGAUCGGGGUCGGCAAAGGUUUGGAACUUGAAAAGGACAAGAGCAAAAAAAGGAGAAGAAAAGACAAAGAGAACAUUGAGGUUGAUCACUCUAAAAAGCAGAAGGAGCUGCCAGGCAAGAAACAAAAGAAGCGGAAACGAGAGGACUCGGGGGAUGAUGUGGACGUGGAGGAGCUGGAGUCUGGGGAGCUGUCCAGCUCAGACACUGAGGACGAGAUGGUUGAAGACGUGAGAAAGAGCGAGCGCCUCUUUCUGCAGGAGGCUGGGGUAACAUCAUCCCAGCGCUGGCCUAAGCCUAUCCCAGCGCCCGAGGCAUUAGCCAUAAAGUAUGAAAACCGCAGUGAGUUUGAGCAAAUGACCAUCCUCUACGACAUCUGGAACUCUGGUCUGGAUGGAGAAGACUUGACGUUGCUGAGGAGGACUUAUGAGAAGCUGCUUCAGGACGACCACAGCUCUGACUGGCUCAAUGAUACUCACUGGGUCGGCCACACAAUAACCAAUUUGCCGAACCCUCGGCGAAAGAAGAAGAAUGCAGGUGGACAGCUUCGUGAGCAUGUGACCGGUUGUGCCAGGAGUGAGGGCUACUACGCCAUCAGCCGCAAAGAGAAGGAUGUGUAUCUGGACCUGGAUCUUCCUGAGCAGGUCAUCCGGGAGGUGGAGAAUGUUGACGCCUUGGCUGCAAACCGGGUGCUAUCAGAGAGACGUUCAGAGCAGCGGCGCCUCCUCACUGUCAUCGGCACCACGGCUGUCAUGGACUCUGACCUGCUCAAACUCAACCAGCUCAAGUUUCGCAAGAAGAGGCUUCGCUUUGGACGCAGCAGGAUCCACGAGUGGGGUCUGUUUGCUAUGGAGCCCAUUGCUGCUGAUGAAAUGGUCAUUGAGUAUGUGGGUCAAAACAUCAGACAGAUGGUGGCAGACAAUCGAGAGAAGCGGUACGCUCAGCAGGGCAUCGGGAGCAGCUACUUGUUCAGAGUGGACCAUGACACAAUUAUAGAUGCCACCAAGUGUGGCAACCUGGCACGAUUCAUCAACCACUGCUGCACUCCAAACUGCUACGCCAAGGUUAUCACCAUAGAGUCCCAGAAAAAGAUUGUGAUUUACUCCAAGCAGGCCAUCGCUGUCAAUGAAGAGAUCACCUACGAUUACAAAUUCCCCCUAGAGGACAACAAGAUCCCUUGCCUGUGUGGAACAGAGAACUGCCGUGGGACAUUGAACUAGCGGACAAUCUUCUCUCCCUCACUUGCCAGACCCCACUGGUUCACCCUACUCAUAGUUUAGCACCCUCUGAUACCCCCUUCCACUCCUCCAGGUGGCCUCACUGUUGUCCUCACAAUAGCCAGGAAACCAAGACACACACACACACAGUUGCACUUUUCUUGCACACUUGUCAUUCUCUUGGCAGUUUCACAAGGCAGUGUACGAGGGCUUUGUGUUACCUGGAAACGCAAAAGCUAUGAGGAGGGCCUCUGUCCCACCAUCUGCUUCUCUGUGGCAGUAUUGUUGGACUUGACUGGACGUGCAGCCAGGCAUGAAAGGUCUCUCUAUGUCCAUGCCAAUAUUCGUUUGAAGGAACACAAUGAAGACCGAGAAGAUAGACCACAAAAUACCACACUGUUUUUCCUUUUUUCUUUUCUUUUUUCUUCUAGUCCGUAGGUCAGAUCACGUUAUCCACACAAUUUCAAUGCCCCCCCAAUGUCCUCCCCGCCUCCCCUCUACCCACACAAAUCCGCACACUGACGCACAGGAAUAUCAGACAAAUUCAGGGUUUUUAAAAUCGCUCGUUAAGGGCGCACUUUUAAGACAAAAAAAAAAACUUCAAUUUGGUCUUCAGUUAUGCAAGAUUUCCAAGUGUGAAGAUUGUUUUUGAGCAUUUUUUUGUUUUUAAUUUCAUUUCAUAGUAUUAUACAUUAAUAUUACUAUUGCUGUUAUUAAUGGUAUUUAGUUGCUUUAGCUGUAAGUAUCUGACAGUGAAAUGAACCUCACUGUACCCACCCACUGCCUUCAGUGGCUUGUGAAUCACCAGCCCUAUAAAACUUAUUUUCCCUUCUUCACUGUGCGUUACUCUCCUGAUUUGCCACAACCUUCUGUCUGAACGAGAGUAAAGCCUUCUGAACAUUUCUUUUUUGUUCUACCAAAUGUGAAAAUAUAAGUUAACUUGUUCCUAAAAGUGCAUUUUGUUUUUACAUGGCUGCAGAUAUUUGUCUGUGGGAGUAUCACAUCAGAGCAUCACUCUGUUUCUUUGGUUUCUUUGUUUCCCCCCCCACAGUUUUAAGCUUCACCAUCGAAAGGUUUUGAACACAGAAGUGUUUGUAGGAUCCGUCUGUCUGUUUUUCUGUGUUUAGUUGUUACUUCCCUGGUAUUUACUUAUUUGGUUUCACUCAGCAAAUGUCAGAUAAGUACUUCUAUAGAUGGUGAAUUCCACGUUCUUCUUCCCUUAACUGUUUAAUCAAAUAUGCAACCUGCAGGUCUGCUUCAACAGUGUGGGAAAGGUUUAACUCUGUCAGUCUGUGUGCUAAAAAUGUUUUUAAAAGGCACAUUAUUUUAUUAGAUCAGGUCUCUUCAAAUGUUUAGUUAAGUACAUUUAUUUUUUUUGCUGUUUUAUUUGACUCCCAUGAUAAAUUUGUGUUUAUUUUGUUUGUGGAGUCAUUAACCCCAUGCAAAGCAUCCCUCCCGGAAAAACCUAUCAGCUUCACUCAAACAAAUGUCCUACUUCAGUUCUGUUUGCAGUUUAGAUGGUUGGAAGAUAUUUGUAGACAAGUGUCAGCAGGAUUUUUUUUUUAGAGGCUGCAGACAGAGGGGUGCAGACGUCCCUUGUGCUGUCUCUCUUGUUUUUCACAUGGCCAUGGCCGUCCACAGUUUGAACUGUCAUCUCGACUAGCAGAAGACUCUUUUAUUUUGUUCCCUCCCGAACAGGAAAAAUGUGUAAAAUAUUUUUUGUUGCAAUGAAAGCCUUUCAGUACAAACCAACCCUAUUGACUACAGGAUAAAAAGAUGAAAGGAAGAAAAAAAAAUCAAAGUUCAUGUAAAUAUUGUAGAGGUGUUUGUUUCUCGUAGAAACACACUGAUUUCAAGCUGUAAAUAUGUCGUUCCUUUCCCUCUCUCCAUGAGGAGGAAACAUGUACAUACCUUCCAUUCUUUUAUUUUUUAUUGUUUUUCCUUUUAAUUUGAGGAUUAUUUUAAUAUUAUUUGCAAUAUUUCUCUUGUAUUAAUGCGUUGGACCCUUUAUUAAUGGUGCAUUAAAAUAUUUUUUAAAUAAA